AUGGCCGCUACGAAAAAGCAAAAGCUCACAAGCACUAAAUCAAAAGUAACAAAAGCUGAAAAGCCUCCUGUCAAGAAAGCUACACAAAAAAUCGAAGAGAAAAAGAAUGAAUCCAUCCUGGAGAGUGAUUCAGACCUAGAUGACGAAGAAGAUAUCGAGCAAGAAUCCGGCAAUGAUGUCGAAAGCGGAGGCCUGGAUUCAGAAUCCGAGCAAGAAAGUGAUGAUGACUCGUUUCCGUUGAGAAAACAAAAGAAGGAGACAGAUGACGGCAAGGAGACAUUUGCCAACGCUUUCAAUGCCAUCAUAGGCUCAAAGCUUAAAGCUUACGACAGAAAAGACCCCAUUUUGGCCAGAAACAAAGCAACACAAAAGAAGUUGGAGUCCGACAAAUUGGAGGCUAAAGCCAGACGGUUGAUCCGCAUGGAGAAAAGAGAAGAACAGGAUAGAUUCCGUGUCAGAAACCUUUUGCCUAGCGAACCCUCUGAGGUGAGAGCGGCUCUUGAAACCGAGCGUAGAAUGAAGAAGAUUGCCCAGAAAGGUGUGGUUAAGUUGUUCAAUGCUAUCUUGGCCACUCAAGUCAGUACAAGUCAAGAACUUGCUGAGGACACGACGGGUAUGGCCAGACAUCCGGAACUCGUGAAUGAGCUCACGAAGCUGAAGUUCUUGGAUCUUGUCAAGGCUGCCGGCGAGGAGUAA